CCCAAAUUGUAAUGUUUUUCCAUUUUCAACGCAGUAUUUAAUGCCUUUAGCUAUUACUGCUUGAGCCUCCAUUAUGCUUCUCCAAGAAAAUGACAGAUUACUUCCUACUUGAAUUGUAAAAAAUAUAUAGUUGGGAAAAUAGUGAGUUUUAAAACUCUACCCACCAGCGCGCUCGUAUCAGUUUUAACCUUCCAAGCUUGCUUCCUGAGCAUGGCUACAUUAAAUUCUAUUAACCUUCUACUUCUAAAUCUCAAGCCUCCUUUACUCUUUGGUAUACACACAAUGCUUGCCAAGUUUUCCUACAUAUUCACCUUCCAUACAAUUCUUCCUCCCGCCACCAAUACACACUCACCAAUCUCUCAAUUUCCUCACAAAGCUCCGGCGGCAAAAGGAACACAUUCAGAGUGUAAGUUGGCAUUGCUUGGAUCAAUGUCUUCAACAAAACCUCACUUUCCGCUCGAGAUAAGAAUAUAUUACUCUAGCUUUGAAUUUUCUUCAACACUCUUUCCUUUAGAAACUCCAGGAUCUCCCGUUUCUUCCGACCCACCAAAGAUGGCACGCCAAGAUAGUUCAUAUUGUUCUUCAUUCCAGUGACCUGCAACUCUCUGGACACCAUUCCACAUAAGCCUUCAUCAACAUUUGCUCACAAAAGCAAGUUAGAUUUAUUAUAUUUAAUGACUUAACCGGAUAAGUUCUCAUAGCAAUGAAGGAUGUUCUUCACUGCCAUACAUUCUCCAUCAUUGGCUUUAAAAAAUAGGAAAGUAUCAUCUGCAAAGAAGAGAUGUGUAAUCUUAGGAGCAUUUUUGGCUUUUGUCGCACUAUUCGUUAGUCCCAACGUUGUCUUUUUGUUGACUAGUGCGCAAAGCCCAUCCGCCACCAAAAUGAAAAGAUAUGGUGACAAUUGAUCCCCUUACCGUAACCCUCUAUUGGGACUAAUAAGACCUCAAAUAUGUUUGCCAAAAGGGAUAUAGUAAGAAACAAAAGAAACACAUAUUAUAAUCAAAUCCACCCACCUCCGAUCAAACCUCAUACUUUUCAUCACUUACCGUAAACAGGACCACUCCACUCUAUUAGAAACUUUGCUCAUAUCAAAUUUUAGGGACACAUACCCAUCGUGUU